GUAAAAAAUUACCAUAAAAAAUUGUUUUCUUUGUCAUUUGUGAAAAUUUAUUCAAAAUGUUAGACAACCUUUCUCAUGUUUAAUUUCAUUGAGAACCUUAAUUUUUUUUUUAACUGUGAAAUCAUAGGAGCUGUUAAAAUCAGUUAACGUGUUUUCGUCUGUUGGUGUUUUUGUUUUUAAGUGAAAUAUAUUUUAUAUUAACUACAGCUGGUCAGAAAUAUUCAAUAUAUCCCUCAGAUUCAUGCGUCUGUAAGGACGAUAAAUUUAAAAUCGAUGAGUCGAAAAUGGCUCGUGUUGUGGUCACUUUGGGCGGCACGGUUGGUGCGUCAACCGACGAUACCUCUGCGCGUGAGUGGCGGCUGGCUUCGUGGAUCAGUGGCAAAUGAUGGCUCCCAUAUAGCUUAUUACGGUAUACCAUACGCUACUGCACCAGAGCGAUUUCAGAGUCCUGUACCUAAUCCAGUUUGGGAUGGCAUAUUUGAGGCCACCAAAGAGAAUGUUUGGUGCAUCCAAAGAUAUUCUAAAGACAAAAUCGUAGGUCAGGAAAAUUGUCUUGUCGUCAACGUUUAUACUCCUCUUCAAACUAAAAAAAGUCUUUUCCCUGUCAUGGUGUAUAUACAUGGAGGAGGAUUUAGAGAGGGAUCAGGAACUCGUUUGGAAAAUAGUAGAGGAGAUUAUUUGACCGAACAUGGAGUCAUUGUGGUCACCUUCAAUUACAGACUUGAAAUCUUAGGAUUCUUAUGUUUAGGUAUUAAGGAAGCACCGGGAAACGCCGGGUUAAAAGACCAGAAUGCUGCUCUUAAAUGGGUCAAGAAGAACAUCAAAUCUUUUGGAGGGGAUCCUGAUAAUAUUACUUUAUUUGGAGAGAGUGCUGGAGCUGCAUCAGUAUACUUUCAUUCAGUAUCGCCAAUGUCUAAAGGACUAUUUAAUAAAGCAAUAAUGCAAAGUGGCACCGCGAUCGCUCAUUGGGCCCUACAGCAUGAUCCUUUGAAAUCAGCAAGCCAACUGGCGCAGCAAAUGGGCCACAAUACUGAAGAUCCAAAUGAACUUUACAAUAUAUUUAGAUAUAAAUCAGCAGAUGAAUUAUUUUUGACUCGUGUACCAAGAGCUAAAGGGAAAACAAUAAUAUCUGAAUACGUAUUCACGCCGUGCAUUGAAAAAAAGAUUACUGAUGUAGAAACAUUCUUGUCAGAUAAUCCGUACAAUAUGACUGUUAAUAGCCAAUUUGAGAAAUUGCCAGUAAUGAUAGGUCACAAUGAUGCUGAAGGUUAUCUCUUUGCUAGAAACGAAAAUGAUUCGAUGAUAGAAAAUUUAAACUUUCGUGAUUCCCUGCCAGAUGAUUUAGAAUUUCAAAAUAAUGAAGAAAAAAUGAAAACCGCGGAAUUAUUAAAAAGUAUGUACAUGGGCAGAGAUGAUAUUAAUAAAGAUACAAUGCCAAAGAUUUCGUUUUACUAUGGUGAUUCGAGUUUAAUUUUUCCAGUAAUAUUCACAGCAGAUCUAUUGCUCAAACAUUCUGAUUAUCCUGUAUUUUCUUACAAAUUCUCCUAUGAUGGAUGGAUGAAUUUUCCCAAAUUUCUGUAUGGUUUUCCUAUGGAACCAGGUGCUACCCACAUAGAUGAGCUGUUCUACAUGUUUAAGUUCAAAAUGCCGUUAAUAAAUGCGUUUCUAGAAAGAGAUAUGAUCGACAAAAUUACUACAAUGUGGACAAACUUCGCAAAGUAUAGUGAUCCUACUCCGGAAAUAUCCGGAUUGUUGCCAGUGAAAUGGGAGCCAGUAAGACGUGAAGAUCCCCGACUAUUGGUCAUAGACAAGGAGCUGUCAAUGGAACCCUUGUGGUACUCCGAAAGGUUGCUUUUCUGGAACGAAACCUAUUCGAAGUAUAGAAAAAUAUUAUCCGCUAGAUGAUGGCUGUAGCGCAGACAAUGAUUUUGUACACCCGAUUGUGAUACCUAUAUUAUAUAUUAGGUGUGCCCGCUACUUUGUCCGCGUGGAAUAGUUAUUUUGGGCAUCAUUGAAGAAUGAAUAAUUUUCCCUGUUUUUUUUUCACAUAUUCCAUUAUUUCUUUGCUCCUUAUAGUUGCAGCGUGAUGUUAUAUAGCCUAAAGUCUUUUCCGAUAAAUGGUCUAUUCAACGCAAAAAGAAUUUUUCAAUUGGAACCAGUAGUUCCUGAGAUUAGCGCCUUCAAACAAACAAACUCUUCAGCUAUACAAUAUUAGUAUAGAUUGUAUAGCUAAGCGCUAUUUGUCCUAUUCGCUUUUGUAAGUUAGGUUAAGUUUCAUUAAUUACACUAAAUAAUCAACUAUUUUAGCUUAAAAAUGUUAUCUUUGCUUUCAAAUAUUCGCUCAUCCAUAAAGUUGUGCCUAUAACAUUAUGAUCGAAGUAUGCAUCUAUAUAAAAUACAUCAAUACUCAUUGAUGCUAGCUAACUAGUACCUACGCAUAUUGACGUACCAAUGUAAAUAAAGGGCCCAUUGCGAUGAGCAAACAUUUUGCGCUGACUUUACUUUGU